AUGUUCAUCACCGCCGCCGUGCUAGCCGAGAUCUGUUCGGCUCUGCCUCUGAGUGGGUCAAUCUACAUCUGGGCAGCCGAAAGUGCGGGACCCAAGUAUGCUCGUUUCUUCGGAUUCUUGGUGGCGUGGUGGGCAUGUACCGCUUGGAUGACGUUCACAGCGAGCAAUUGCCAGACGACUGCCAACUACAUCGUCUCUCAGCUAGCUAUAUGGGAUAUUUACUUCCCUGGUGGUGUCGGAAACGACAACAUUCAAUGGCGCGCUCUCAUUUGGGCCAUUUCUGAAGGCAUGCUUCUUCUGUCGGUUGCGAUGAAUUACCUUCCGCCGAGGGUUUACUCUACUGUCUUCAAAUUUGGCGUCUUCAUCAUCAUGCUUGACUUCUUUUUGUGUCUUAUCUGGUUGCCUAUUGGCGUAUCAAAAACGUACGGGUUUAGAACCGCAAAGGAAGUAUUCACGACGACCUAUAAUGGCACUGGAGCACCGCCAGCUUGGAAUUGGAUAUUAUCAUACUUGUUUACUGCAGGCACUUUAACAGGAUUUGACGCUUCAGGUCACAUCGCAGAAGAAACUCAGAACGCAAGUAUCGUUGCAGCAAAGGGCAUUUUGUCCAGUGCCAUCGCUACAGGACUGCUUGGUUUCGUGACAACUAUAUUGUUCCUGUUCUGCACGCCGGAUCUCGAUACAGUCUUUGCACUGGAUGCUCCACAGCCGUUUGUACAAAUUUACGCUUUGGCGUUAGGGCAAAAAGCGAGCAUCUUUAUGACCAUUAUCGCCGUGAUUGGCCUCAUAAUGAAUACAACGGUGGCGAUCAUCGCAUCUUCGAGACUUGUUUAUGCAGUUGCCAGGGACGGUGUUCUUCCGCUUUCAGGGUGGAUUGGAGCCGUUGAUUCCAAGGGUCAACCUCGGAACGCAGUUACAAUCAUAUACAUCUUCGCAGCGCUACUUCUCUGCACGAUCCUUCCCAGCCAGGUCGCAUUCACGUCGCUUGUUUCGGCUGGUGGCGUUCCAACUAUCGCUGCCUACGCGCUGAUUCCUCUCCUCCGUCUCGUGUGCACUCCGAGCAAUUUCCAGGCGUCUCAUUUCCGUCUGGGAAAAUGGGCCAAGCCGUUCUACGUCUGCGCAUUCGUCUUCAACCUUCUCGUGUUCGCUGUUGACAUCUCGCCCUUCUAUUUCCCUGUCACUGCGGAAUCAUUCAAUUUCGCUGUCGUGAUUUUCGGUGCUGUCUCAAUCUUCGCCGUCGUUACCUAUUGGAUCUUCCCUGAGCAUCAGUGGCUCAGGCGCGAGCAGAUCAUGAAGGCGCUGGAAAAUACUGACAAUCUGGUUACUAAUGCUUCUGGUGAUGUGGACGAAGAGGACUGA